UCCGUAAACAACAACAGUUCCACGCGUGUGUUUCGCAUCCUACCGGAAAGAAAAUCUUCCGAAAUGAGUUUUGCCGAACCGAAAACCCUGAUCGAGGAAGGAGACACCGUCAUCCUGUACAUGACGGUGACCAACAUCUACGCCAUCGAAGCCGUGCCCCAGAUCCGGAACAAGAAAAACGAGAUGAUCGAAUACGUUUUCCAGACAACGUACGGAGCUCUGAAAGUGAAGGAUCUGAUUGGGGUUCCCUAUGGCUCGAAGGUUGAGUUAUCCAAGGGUUGGGCCCACGUGCUGCAACCAAAUCCGGAACUGUGGACCCAAACGUUACCGCAUCGGACGCAGAUUCUCUACACACCGGAUAUCAGUAUGAUCCUCUAUCAGCUGGAGAUCAAACCAGGUAGUGUGGUGGUAGAAUCGGGAACCGGAUCCGGUUCAUUGUCGCACUAUUUUUUGCGAGCGAUUCGGCCAAGCGGGUUUCUGUAUACGUUUGACUUUCAUGAAGAGCGGGUCCAGAAGGCUCGUGACGAGUUUGAGGCUCAUGGUUUGGGUGAGUUUGUUAAAGUGACACAGCGAGACGUUUGCGAAAACGGAUUCGGAGUGGAACUGGAUGGAAAGGCAGAUGCUGUCUUCUUGGAUCUUCCGGCACCACAACAGGCCAUUCCUCAUGCGGUCAAAAGCAUAAAGGAAACAGGUGGCCGUUUGUGCUCUUUCUCUCCUUGCAUCGAACAAUCCAUGCGAGUGUGUGAGGCGCUGGAGCAGCACGGUUUUGUCGAUAUUCAGAAUUUAGAAGUUCUACAAAUCGAAGAUGUGGUCCGGACGAAGAAUGUUCCAGUGAUGGAUUUGGAAUUUUUGAAACAUAAGAAAACGGAUUCCGAGACCGAUACCAAAACACCUCGGGAAGUAAAAAAGUAUACAACUUCCAGUGCUCCAAGUUCAAUUGCCGGGCAUACGGGUUAUCUAACGGUGGCCGAGUUGCCACCGUUAUUUGCAAGGUAACUUUUAAUUCAUUAUGACUUAUAUUUUGAAGGAAAAAUGUUAAAUCAAUUGACAAGUGA